AAUUUGAAAAGUUUACGAAACUUUAGGGAGCAAAAAGUGUGUUAUACUAUUUCCAUAACAGUUGUAUAAUUACCGAACAGCCCAAUAUUUCGACCGAACCCUUUAUAUAGGUCCAGGAAUCUUCAGUCUGUAGAGUAGGGGUUUCUCCGGUCGGCUGCUACCUCUGAGCUUCGGACACCUUCAAUUGAAUCUUUCUCCUGCUGCGGAUUCAAUUUGGCUUCAUCAGCCACUGUUUGGUUGCCUCGAUGAUGUAGAAAGGCCGAUCAACAGGAAAAAAAUUGCAUGCCUUGGUGGAUGCUAAUGCCGGCGUAUUGACAAUGGUUUCUGAUCUUGAAAACUCGUGGAAUGGGAGCUGGUCGCAAGCUCAAGUCCCACCGCCGAAGGCAGAGGUGGGCCGAUAAGGCUUACAAGAAGUCCAACCUUGGAAAUGAGUGGAAGCAACCGUUUGCCGGCUCUUCCCAUGCCAAGGACAUCGUGUUGGAAAAGAUCGGUAUCGAAGCUAAGCAACCAAACUCUGCUAUUAGGAAGUGUGCCCGAGUCCAACUGAUCAAGAAUGGGAAGAUCUGUCUAUACACCCGUUGGAUGAGGUGUUGAUUGCAGGAUUCGGAAGAAAGGGACAUGCUGUGGGAGAUAUUCCCGGAGUCAGGUUUAAGGUGGUUAAAGUGUCGGGGGUUUCGCUUCUUGCUCUAUUUAAGGAGAAAAGAGAGAAAAGCCCAGAUCCUAGAUCCGAUUCUUGAGAAUUGAUUUCCCUUUCCAUUUGUUGUAUCGAUAGAUAAGACUGAAACCUCUCGGUCAGGUGAUGUUUUUGAAGUUUUCUACCUGUUAACAUUUUAUAUCGCCCGAGUUUCGAUACCUUCAAAUUUUGGUAUUCCAUAAUGCAAUUUGUUCUUUGGCGUUGCACUUU